UCAUGCUGCUGCCGAAGUCCAGAGUCUCUCAUGGGUCCCUGUACGGCCUCCCAUUGCUGCUGUCUCCAUCGCCACACUCUGCCAUGUGCCACUUUCAGGUCUCCUCACACACUGCUGGUGUGUUCCAUUUUUUGUCAUAGGGUGCUGGCAGAUUACGGGCCUCCCAUAGCUGCUGCCAGGCCCCUAAUCUGCCAUGGGCCCCUAUACACCGCCUCCUCAUGCUGCUGCCAGGUCCAGAGUCUCUCAUGGGUCCCUGUACGGCCUCCCCAUUGCUGCUGUCUCCAUCGCCACACUCUGCCAUGUGCCACUUUCAGGUCUCCUCACACUGCUGGUGUGUUCCAUUUUUUG